UGUUGAGAAGUAGGGUCUUAAACCAGCAGUUUAUCACCGUAACAGCACAGCUUGUAAGCCCGCAGUGUGGUCUCGCUUAGCGAAAAGGGCGAAAACUAAAAUUAAACCGAGAAACACCUUCGCAUGAGAGCCACCACAGCCAUAAAAACGAAGUGUGUGUGCUCGUAUUAAACUGUUAUUGAUGCGAAAGCGGAAUAACCCGCUGGAACAUGACAGCGGGACCACCGGCACUUUGCUGCACAACAAGGACCUGAAGCAGCGUAACGGCAGAGGAGCAGCAGGGCCCGCAGCGGGCGACCGGCAGGGCCCGGGAAAGGAGCGGAGCAUGGGGAAACCGUUCAGGAGGUUGGGGCUGCUGGGGAAGCUGAAGAGGAUCAUGUUGUGGCUGCUUGUCGUCUACGUCUCCAUCCCCGUCAUCGUCAAACUCUGCCCGUCCAUCCAGGCCAAACUCGUCUUCCUCAACUUCGUGAGGAUGCCAUACUUCAUCGACCUGAAGCGACCCCUGGACCAGGGAUUGAACCACACACACAACUUCUACCUGCAGCCAGAAGCUGGAUUCAAGAUCGGAGUCUGGCACACGGUUCCUGCGCAGAUGUGGAGAGAAGCUCAGGGAAAACAAGGCGACUGGUACGACUCCAUGUUUCUCUCCGCCCACCCUGUCAUCCUCUAUCUCCAUGGAAAUGCAGGGACCAGAGGAGGAGACCACAGAGUUCAGCUCUACAAGGUCCUCAGUUCACUAGGCUACCAUGUAGUCACAUUUGAUUACAGAGGUUGGGGGGAUUCAGAUGGGUCUCCAUCGGAGGGGGCAAUGACCUCCGACGCGCUCUUCAUUUAUGACUGGCUGAAAAAGCAGCUGGAUAAAACGCCGCUCUACAUCUGGGGACACUCUCUGGGGACGGGAGUUGCCACCAACCUGGUGAGGCGGCUGUGUGACAGAGGAAGUCCUCCUCACGCCCUGAUCUUAGAGUCUCCGUUUACCAACAUAAGAGAGGAGGCCCGGAGCCACCCCUUCUCCAUGGUGUACAGAUACCUGCCUGGCUUUGACUGGUUUUUCUUGGACGCCAUCACGGCCAACAACAUCCGCUUCGCCAGUGAUGAAAAUGUGAAUCACAUCUCCUGUCCUGUGUUGAUCCUCCAUGCAGAGGACGACAGCGUGGUUCCCUUUCACCUGGGCCAAAAGCUGUACAACUUGGCUUCUCAGUCAAAGAGCCUCAGCGGUCACAAGGUCCGGUUCGUCCCCUUCCCCUCCUCUCUGGCCUACAAGCACAAGUUCAUCUACAGGAGCCCGGAGCUGCCAAAUAUCCUCAGUGAUUUCCUGGGCGCAGCUCAUCCUGUCGCACACUAGGAGAAACAGAAGGACCAUUCAGCCUGAAGCCACACUCCCGGGUCACAUCCUGCAUGAACUGAACACCCACACACACAUCAUUCCCUUUUCUUCCAGUUAGCAUUCCUCCGACACUGGUUCAGAUCCCGGUGGAGGUGUUUCCAGAGUGUGUACAGGGAGGACGAGCAAACCAAGCUGACAGAGACGCGAGGUGAAACGUCUCUGGUUUUAUAUUUUUAAUGUCUACUCAUCACAACCACACGCACACGGAGCUGCUUCACAGUGUGUGUGAAGGGUUUUAGUUAGUUUUUCUUGGUGGUUUUGACUUUCCAGGUCCAUCUAAUCGUGUGCGACUCUUCUGUCGGUCUUAGGGUCUUUGUUUUUAAAAUGUCUUCUCACUUUAAGGCCUGUUAUGACUUGAAUUGUGAAUUAAAUAUUUUUGUCUGUGUACCUCUGGA